AUGAUUCAAACAGGCCCUCAUUCCAGCGGCCGCGGCGCGAAGCUCGUGCACUCCCGGCCAGCGCCCUCAGCGCCUGCUGCUGAGGCCUCACCCCAAAGCCAAGAAACAAGAAGCCCCAGCUUGCUGGGAAGCGAGAACCCCAAGGACGUCCCUGGUGCUGCAGCAGCAGCAGCAGCAGCAGCAGGAAGCCAGUCAGAGUCGGAAGCAGCAGCGCCUGCUGCACUGCGUCUGCCGCGGAUUCCCUCGCUGCGGGAGCCGCUGCCGAAGCGGAGGCAGUCGCGCCUGGAGAAGUAUUUGGCUAGUCGAGACCAGUACAUGGGGAAGUACACAAGACUUAGCAUUUAUUUCAAAGUUGCUGCUCGCAUGGGCAACUGCAGCUGCAGCAGCAGCGCCGAGAGCGACAGCGGCAGCAGCAGCAGCAGCGAAACCACGCGCCGCCGACGCCCCCGCAGCAGCAGCAGCAGCGCAGCGCAGCAGCAGUCCUCCUACAGAGAAACCAGGCUGGCCACUCCUAGGGAACAUAGGGGGCCCCCUUCCCCGGGUACCCAGGAGGGGGGCCCCCAUAAGAAGCGCCGCUCUCUGGACUCUUUUGUCCACGCAGUAGCAGAACAGCUCACAGCUUCCCCCGCAGCCCGGGGAGGCCCCCCCAGCCAAACAGGGGGGGCCCCCAGGGGGGCCCCCGGGGGCCCCAGGACCCCCCAGUCGGACGCUGAAGCCGAGACCCCCCAGGCCCCUCAAGAAGACCCUGAAGAGGCCUAUGACGCGGACUACGAGAGCGACGCAGGAGAGUACGACGAGUUCUUCUAA